AUAUAUAGAUAGAGAUAGAUAUAGAUAGAUAUAUAGAGAGAGAAGGAAGAGGUCAGGAUGAAAGGAUGAAGGAAUAUGCUGCUCAUUAGUUGGACUCAUCGUCAGACUCCAUUUUCACUUCUGCAAAUCCUUUUUCUUAAUUGGAGGAGAAACAACAAAGCCAUGUUGAUGCCGAAGGAGCUCGAACAGGUCAUGAAACAGAGAGGCGGUUCUGUACUUGGGAAGAAGACUAUUCUGAAAAGCGAUCAUUUUCCCGGUUGUCAAAACAAACGUUUAUCUCCUCAGAUUGACGGAGCUCCUAAUUAUCGUCAGGCUGAAUCAUUGCAUGUUCAUGGUGUUGCGAUCCCUACCGUGGAUGGAAUUCGGAAUGUUCUCAACCAUAUUGGAGCUCAAAUAGAAGGGAAGAAAAUGCGAGUGCUAUGGAUUAGCCUACGGGAAGAACCAGUGGUUUAUAUAAAUGGACGGCCCUUUGUUUUGCGGGAUGUGGAGAGACCCUUCUCCAAUCUCGAGUAUACGGGUAUCAACAGGGAUAGGGUGGAGCAGAUGGAAGCUCGUUUAACUGAAGAUAUUAUGCUAGAGUCUUCGAGCUAUGGAAAUAAGAUCCUUGUAACUGAUGAACUGCCAGAUGGUCAGAUGGUGGAUCAGUGGGAACCAAUAACACAUGAUUCUGUGAAAACACCACUUGAGGUGUAUGAAGAGCUACAAGCACAUGGUUAUCUUGUUGACUAUGAACGUGUUCCUAUAACAGAUGAAAAAUCACCUAAGGAGCAGGAUUUUGAUAGUUUGUUCAAGAAAAUUUUGCGAGCCGAUAUUAGUACAGAGGUGAUCUUUAAUUGCCAAAUGGGUCGUGGAAGAACUACAACUGGGAUGGUUAUUGCCACAUUGGUUUAUCUCACCCGAACUGGGGCUUCUGGUAUUCCAAGGUCCAAUUCAAUUGGGAAAAUUUCAGGAAACAGUUCCUUUGUUACAGACAAUUUAUUGAACUCGGAGGAGGCUAUUCGUCGAGGAGAAUAUGGAGUUAUUAGAAGCCUGAUUCGGGUUCUAGAGGGUGGUCUCGAAGGAAAACGACAAGUUGACAAAGUGAUAGAUAAGUGUUCUACCAUGCAGAACCUACGUGAAGCUAUUGGUACAUAUCGUAACAGUAUUUUACGUCAACGAGAUGAAAUGAAAAGGGAGGCAUCACUUUCAUUUUUCGUGGAGUAUUUGGAAAGAUAUUAUUUCCUCAUAUGUUUUACUGUUUACCUCCAUACUGAAAAAACCACCCACUCGCCUACAUCCUCUGGUCAAAGCAGUUUCACUCAUUGGAUGAAAGCAAGGCCCGAGUUGUACAGCAUCCUUCGCAGGUUGCUGAGGAGAGAUCCAAUGGGUGCACUUGGUUACACAAACUUGAAUAUAUCGGGGGCUAAAGUCACCAAUGGACGCCCUUCUGAGAUGAGUGUUGUUGCUGCCUUAAGAAAUGGCGAAGUGCUCGGACGUCAAACUGUUCUUAAAAGUGACCACUAUCCUGGCUGUCAAAAUCUUACUUUACCAGAUAGAGUUGAGGGUGCACCAAACUUUAGGGAAAUUCCUGGAUUCCCGGUUUAUGGUGUUGCGAAUCCAACAAUAGAUGGGAUUCGAUCUGUCAUCAGGAGAAUAUGCAGCUCUAAUGAUGCCCGACCUGUAUUGUGGCACAAUAUGAGAGAAGAACCUGUUAUUUACAUCAAUGGGAAGCCGUUUGUUCUUCGUGAAGUUGAAAGACCCUAUAAAAAUAUGCUAGAGUAUACGGGAAUUGACCGAGAAAGAGUAGAGAGAAUGGAGAAUCGAUUAAAGGAUGAUAUACUGCGGGAGUCUAACAAGUAUGAUGGUGCUAUAAUGGUUAUCCACGAAACAGAUGAUGGGAAAAUAUUUGAUACUUGGGAACAAGUGAGUGCCGAUUCAAUCCAGACUCCAUUGGAUGUUUUCUCAUCCUUGGAAGGUGAAGGCUUUCCUAUCAAGUAUGCCCGUAUGCCUAUAACUGACGGAAAAGCUCCAAAAAGCUCGGAUUUUGACGAGAUGGCUCAGAAUAUUUCAUCAGCUUCUAAGGAUACGGCUUUUGUUUUCAACUGCCAGAUGGGUAGAGGGAGGACAACUACGGGUACUGUAAUUGCUUGCCUUUUGAAGCUUCGAAUUGAUCAUGGCCGACCAAUCAAAAUACAUUUUGAAAGUAAAACUGGUGAUGAAGAAAUAGUGGAGGGUGACGACAUGUCAAGUGGCGAUGAAACUGCUACAAAUGGUUUGAAAGAUAACAAUAAUCAUGCUUUUGGAAUAGAUGACAUAUUGUUGCUGUGGAAGAUUACGAGACUGUUUGAUAAUGGGGUUGAAUGUCGAGACGCUUUAGAUGGUAUAAUCGAUAGAUGCUCUUCUCUGCAGAAUAUUCGUCAAGCUGUGUUGCGAUAUAGGAAGGUAUUCAAUCAACAAAAUGUGGAGCCGAGGGAAAGGAGAAUGGCUUUGAAUCGGGGAGCAGAGUACCUGGAACGAUAUUUUCGUUUAAUUGCUUUCGCUGCAUAUCUUGGAAGCGAGUCUUUUGAUGGGUUUUGUGGGCAAGGUCAAUCUAGGAUGACAUUCAAGAACUGGUUGCAUCAAAGGCCAGAAGUGCAAGCUAUGAAAUGGAGCAUAAGAUCGAGGCCUGGACGCUUUUUCACAGUCCCUGAGGAGUUGAGAGCACCACAUGAAUCUCAACAUGGAGAUGCAGUGAUGGAGGCUAUUGUAAAUGAUCGUAAUGGUUCAGUUCUAGGGCAAGGCUCCAUACUGAAGAUGUAUUUCUUUCCUGGUCAAAGAACUUCAAGUAGUAUUCAAAUCAAUGGCGCACCACAUGUCUACAAGGUGGAUGGUUAUCCUGUGUAUAGUAUGUCGACUCCAACAAUUGCAGGUGCGAAAGAGAUGCUUUCAUAUUUAGGCGCCAAGCCAAGCACUACAAAAAGUUGCGCCCGCAAAGUUAUUAUAACAGACCUGAGAGAAGAAGCUGUAGUUUACAUAAAUGGUUCACCAUUUGUGCUCAGGGAGCUAAAUAAACCUGUCAAUUCACUCAAGCAUGUUGGAGUCACCGGACCUGUGGUGGAAAACAUGGAGGCACGACUUAAAGAAGAUAUAAUAAGUGAAAUAAAACAUUCUGGCGGGAGAAUGCUUUUGCAUCGUGAAGAAUACAGUGAGGCUCCAAAUCAGGCUAGUGUGAUAGGAUAUUGGGAGAACAUAUUUGUGGAUGACGUGAAAACUCCUGAAGAAGUGUACGCCGCAUUAAAGGAUGAGGACGGUUACAAUAUUGAGUAUAGGAGGAUACCGUUAACAAGAGAAAGAGAUGCCUUACCUUCAGAUAUUGACGCAAUCCAAUCUUGUAUAAACGACACUGCAGGGUCUUAUCUGUUUGCAUCUCACACGGGAUUUGGAGGCAUUUCAUACGCGAUGGCUAUUACUUGUAUAAGAAUCCGUUCGGAAGUAAUAAGUCGAGCAAAAAAUGUUCAUUUUUCUCCCCAACUUCAUCAGACUUGUGACGAAGAGGCGCGUCGAAGUGGCGACUAUCGUGACAUACUGAGUCUCAUCAGAGUCCUAUCGUAUGGUCCUCGAAGUAAAGCAGAUGUUGACAUUAUAAUAGAAAGGUGUGGAGGUGCGGGGCAUAUGAAAGAUGAUAUUGUGUACUAUAGCGAGGAACUUGAUAAGCUAAAUGAUGGAGACGAUGAUGACAAACAAUCUCAACUGGUGGAUAUGGGAAACAAGGCUUUAAGGCGGUAUUUCUUGCUGAUAACGUUUAGAUCGUACCUUUACUGUACAACAUCAAAGGAUACUACAUUCUCAAGUUGGAUGGAUGCAAGGCCUGAGCUUGGUCACCUUUGUAAUAACCUCAGGAUUGACAAAUAAAAUAUUAGCUAGCUGUAUAGAUAUGAUGGUAUGUAAAUAAAUAAUAAUGCAGGACAGUUGAUAACUAAAAGUUAGAAGCUGCCAUGGAUAUAAAAGUAGUAGUAAUAGAUAGAUGCAAAUGUAGAGUUGUAUCAUAUAUGUUGAUAAAACUGCUUGGUUUUGUUCUUUGAAGAGGCUGAAUAGAAUCGAUUGUCAAUAAGAACAACUAGGUUGAGAUACAUCAUGUUUUUAAAUGUGACAAAUAAUUGAAGUAAUGAUUUCAUCUGCGCA